AUGAAGUCUUCCUUCAGGCGCCUCAGUAUAGCCCUUGCUCUAUGCGAAGCAGCCCUAGGCUUAAGCAUUCACCAACAAUCACUCGACAUCCUCAGGUUCACCACCCCGGAGAUAACGGCCGACUCCCUCCACAACAUCCACCUCGAGUUCCUCGACCCAGACUUCAAUGGCCACCUUCACAUCGUCUACGGCGACUGCGAGACCACAACCGACAACACACACCACCACUCCCUAGGCCAGCUAACCGUGAAACGCAAUGCCCACCCAGAACGCCUGGUCUGGAUAACACCCCCAGACGCACCCCACCAGCACUGCCUGCACGCCUUUUCGCCCGAAACAGGAUCCCUCAUGGCACGGUCAUCCCCAAUCUCAAUCUCCAAUCGCAUUGAACCCCGCGAAUCCCUCUCCAUAUCAAACUACGCCGACGCCACAGGCCCCUGGUUCGACGGCGUCGCAUACAUGGCGGGCAAAGAACCCGGCAAAGCCGCCGUGUCGGCAGCCAAGAACGCGUCCGUUGCAAUUAUCGGCGGCGGGAUGUCUGGCCUUAUGACCUCGCUGCUUCUUUCGUCGGUGGGGAUGCAGAACUGGCAUAUCCAUGAAUCGUCGCAGCGGCUGGGUGGGCGGAUCCGUACGCAGUAUCUUAAUGGCACAAAGCCUGAGGAGUAUCAGUAUCAGGAGAUGGGGCCGAUGAGGUUCCCUGUUGCUUUGAAUUAUCCUGGGAAGAAUGAGACGCUGGAGAUCCAGGAUCAUAAGAUGGUGUUUCAGCUUGGGGAUGUGUUGAAUCGGUUGAAUCAGGAGAGGGAUCCGGGGUUGAAGGUUGAUUUUAUCCCCUUUGUGCAGAAUAAUGAUAAUGUUCCUGCUAAUAGUGGUGGGGAGCGUGUGAAUGGGAGGAUUCCGACGAAGGGGGAGGUGGCGGAGGAUCCGGGGCUUGUGUAUACCGCUGCUGCAUCGAAUCAGACUGCUGCUGACGAGGCGGAGAAGGGGUAUGAUGAUUAUGUUGAUGUUGAUGGGCUGUCCAUGGAGGAUGUUGCGGAGAAUGUCUUCCAAGCUCACAAGACUGCCGUUGAGCACGGGCUAUUCCACUGGUCUGAGGCUGGCUACCUGCGAUACGCACUCGGAUAUGAUGCGAACAUCACAGACUACGUUGCUGGCUCUGGAGGAAGCCCAAUGUGGAAUGAUAUCUAUGACAACGUCUAUUUCUCUGCGAGUGAAUGGCGGACUAUCGACAAGGGGUUGGAGUCUCUUCCCAGAGCAUUCUAUCCCCAUGUUGGGAACAGGACAACAUUUGGCAGGAAGAUUACUGGACUCGUAUACAACGAGACGACCGCAAAGAUCGCCGUGAACUGGAGGGACGAUCCCCUGCAGAUAGUCCCCCAGAGUGAAGAGUACGACUACGCAAUUGUGGCUGCACCAUUCAGCAAAGUCCGACUAUGGGAUCUGCCCCGGUACUCGUCUCUGCUUUCUCGGGCGAUCGACUCCCUGAAUUACAGCCCGUCGUGCAAGCUGUCUCUCCUGUAUGAGACUCGCUUCUGGGAGCACUCGGAGAAGCCCAUCUUUGGCGGCUGCGGCUCGGUGGAUGUGCCUGGUGUUGGAGACGUCUGCUACCCUUCCUUUAAUAUCAACGGGACAGGGCCUGGCGUUGUCCUGGCGUCGUAUACGAGCGGUACACCGGCACGGUCCAUCGCGGCGUUGAGUCCGGAGGAUUAUGUGGGGAUUGUCCAGCGCGCGAUGGUGGACUUUCAUGGGCCGAUAGCUGCUGAGCAGUUCACUGGGAUUUAUAACCGCCAGUGCUGGGAGACAGACGAACACCAAGCAGGCGCCUGGGCAUCGCCCUUCGUCGGGCAGCAGGAACUGUACCUCCCUGCGUACUACCAGACGGAAUUCAAAACAAUCUUUAUUGGCGAACAUACGAGCUACACGCACGCCUGGAUCUUCUCGGCACUGGACUCGGCGGUGCGUGGGACGACGCAGCUGCUCCUGGAUCUGGGGCUGGUGGAUGAAGCAAAGCAGAUUGUGAAUGAGUGGAUGGGGCGUUGGAUUAAGCUGUAA